AUGACCUGUUUCCUGAUGAACGGCAUCCGAAUGAACCCCAUCAAGUUGGCGCAGAUCUGUGCAUCCAUGGACGGCAAAUUUAACUUCGAGGAGUUUUGGCACUUGAUGCAAGCUGUGAAGGCCGGGCUCCGCCACGGGCCGGAUGUGUGGCUGAAGCAACGCCAAGGUGUGGACGAGCUGAAGACUGCCUCCGCUGGACAGCGAGGGGCACGCGCAGGGCGCAGGUUGUGGUAUGAAGUAUUGACCACUGGCGAGAAAAUGGCGGCUCGCAAGUCGCGCGCGAUGGGUGCGGGUCCGUUGCGUGGUCAGGUGCCGCUGACGGCGCUGGGGCCGGAGGACGUGCUGUCGGCGGUGGCCCCCAUCCUGAUUGAUGCUGCACGUCAGGGCCUGAAGAAGGUGGUGCUGGAUGGAAAGACCUUUGCACCCUUUGGGAUGUUGCCACAUGCCGUGGAGCCUGUGAAGGUAGCAGCGUUCCGGCCCAAAGCUGGUUCGCAGCUUGGUCGCACCACGAAUGCCUCAUGGGUAUCCUUGGUGGUCGACUGCGAGAUCCAUACUGGGGAAAUGAUGGUUGGAACUUCAGUGCCUGACCUUACAAAGGUGCGUAUCUUUGGAGACAUCGGGAGGCAGGUGGUAGGUUGUCGGCGCUUGACCCUACUUGAUGUUCUGUUGGAUUUGUCUAAGGGUUGGGUGGACCUCCUUUUGACUGAUCUGAGUGUUGUGGUGGCUCAUGGACUUCGCCCAGCCACCGACGCCCUGCGGUUUGUGGAACUGUGUUCUGGUAUUGCGUGCUCCGGUGUUGGACUAUCGUCUGUGGGGUUCCGUCACCUUGCCAGUGUCGAGUGGAAGCAGCCGCUUGCUGACUUGCAUCUGUCCUGUCACCCUGAUGUCCCGGUCUUUGUCCAAGACGCUGGAUUUUCAGAUGCAUUGGUGCAGCAACGAGGAAUCUAUGCUCAGGUGUUUCAGUUGCCUUUGGGAUCAGCAGGAGGAUGUGCUAUGAGUCAUCUCCAACGGGUUUUGGGUUUACCACAGUCGGAACCUGCCGAGAUGUUGACGUCAUACCGCAGAAGUUUGUUCCAAGCAUGCAAAGACUUGUUUCUUGACAUCCCGUCUGUUCUGCCCAACAUGCCUGGAGUUGAAAUUCAGCAUAUUGAUGGGACAACAGUUGUGGUGCAUGUCUCCCCCCAGACAACGCUUGCGCAAUUGUGUCGCGCUGAGGUGGAUCUCACACAGCAAGAACUUGAAGGCCAGUGGUGUGAUGCCAGGACCGGUGAAACCAUUGCAUGGGAUGAACAAGUGGCCUCCCGCAGCAUCCGUGUAGUUCCGUAUCAAUUCACAGAGGUUGCCCAUGGGUCGGAAGUAGGUCAUGUCCCGUUGCCUUCAAUUCCUGCCCUCACCAUGAUGGAUUUCUUUGAUGAUCACUCGCCAAGAGAACUGUUGGACGCACAUGAAGCAUCCGAGGCUGGGGUGUCCGCCAAUUCGUGUCCCUUUGGUCGUGUCCCUGAGCCCAAACAGUCGCCGGAAGUCUGCAGUGUCCCAGAGUUGUUCAGAACAUCCGAGGCAGGGGAGUCUACUAACCUAGGUGGUCCAGUCAUGACAGCCAGGUCAGAGUCAAUUGCCGAUGUCUCAGUCUGUCCAAAAGCAUCCGAGGCCGGGGAGUCCAGUGUCAGUCCAAGUCAUGUCAGUCCUGCACUUGCCGUCGUGUCAGCCAGCAGCAAUGACACCCGUGAAGCAUUGACUAGCCUUGCCGAUAGUGUCCCGCCUGAUGUCCUGAUUGGACUGAAGCACCUGAGGGGCCCACAGCUUGCCGCACUCAUCCCGCCCCUGGUGAAAGAUGCCAGAACCUGCCGCCACAUGAGAAAUGAGGUUGUGUCCAAUGUGUCCCGUCUGGAUGCCUUGAGCAGAGAGGGAAGUGCCAUGGGGGAUGACGAAGUCAACCUACAUGCUCAUGCGUGCAUGAAUGAUCAUUGGUCUCCUGUAGUUUGGAAAAAGGGCAUCACCGAAGUUCAGGUGUCCAUGUGGGAACAUGAAGACGUUGAUGUGAGUGCCCUGUACCCGCUGCAUGGUCUCAUCAGUGUAGCUUGGGGAAUGCCUAUGUUUGCAGUUGCCUGUAGUCGCAGAUCGUAUGCCAAGAGCCAUUGUGGGGCUGCAGCAGUGGCCUUCCUGGCCCACAUGCUCAUUGAUGCAGCCUUGCCUCAGACGGAAGAAGAGAUGCUGGCCUUUCACAAAGCCCUGCGUGACCGAUUCACAGCUGCAGUGCACAAUUUGUACCAUGUUCCCAAGCCUUGGUGUUGGGGACUCGGCACCCCAGAUGUCCUGAGCAUUACUGCAAGCCUGUUGCACUUGCAUGGUGUUCCACAGCCCCAUGCCCUGUCCAGAGCCAAAUUGGUGGUCCAGAGCUUAGGUCGAAGCGAAGUGCAAAAAGCUGUCACAGGAGUUUCACCCUGGAAAUCAUUGAAGUCGCUGGCAAACCUGCAGUCACCGCCAUUGCAGUUGAUCAUGCCCGACGAAGCGGCACAGAAGGUAAUUGCCAAGCAAUCUACCAAACCUGCCAAAAGCACUGUGACAAAGUCGUUUGCCCCGGCCCGUCCAGCUGACAUGGAUCCCUCCAAGCUAGUGCUUGAUGUUGGCGCAUUUUGCGUCGGAGAUGAUGAACCACUGAGUCAGAUUCAGUUUUCUGCCGUUGGCCCCCUUGCCAGAGGAGUUGCGCUUGCCACUUUUGCCGAGGCCACACAGUUUCUGCAGGCAGGGAAGCUGUUGACACAUCAUGGAUUGGCCAUUUUGGUCCUGAACCCACCGACGGAUUUCAAUACCAGCUUGCAGUGGUCCACGUUGAGAUUUGCUGUCAGAUGCUCCGUCAACAAAGAGCCGCUGUUGGUGUCUGGUGUCCUUGUCCAGUUGGGACAGCAAGUCGUCUAUCAAUACCGGGCCAAGGAUGUAUUGGCCAUUCCUGCGGCUGAAGUAGCUUGUGCAAGAGUUACGGUGUACCAGGAUCAGCUGGAUGUCAACUGGGAAGAGUUCACUGCCAAGCCUGUCAAGUAUGUUGUCUCAGCCCUGUCGUGUCUUCAGACUUGUCGUCAAGCCGAUUGUGCAUGUGCAGCCUGGCACCCAAAGCCAGACCAGCCUCAAGAUGCCCUGCUCGAUGUCUUCCGUAGGCAGUACUUCAAUGAUGCAGGAAAGCCGGUGAAGUGGGACAAAGCCACGUCCUUUGCGGUCAUGAUCAGGUAUGUCAAGAGUUUGGAGAAAGAAGUCUUGGCAGCAAGUGGCCGCAAUGGUCUUUAUGUCGAGCCCAAGACAGAAGAUGCCCUGAAGCCGCACCCUGACUUUCAAGUCAUUUGGCUCCCACAACAUGAGUUUGCUCAGGUGGUACAUGCUGCCAAAUGUGAGAUGCAUUGCAUUGGCCUUGCACGUGCUGGUCGCCGUUAUGGCCUCCGAGUUCAUGUCACCCACUUCCCAAAAGUCUUUGCAUCCGUGAAACCAGAUGCUGUGUACCUCGCCCCAGGUGACCGCCUCACCUAUCACUGCGGCCCAUGGCCAUAUGGCAGUGAUCGGAAAAGCAUGGCAAAGACUUUGCAGGCAAGUGGCUGGGAGUGUCGCCCUUUACAACCACUACACAGCGUACCGGGUGGCCUCAUGUGGGCCGUGCAGGCUGUUACCGCUCCACCAUCCAAUGUGCUGUCUCUCCAGCAUGGCCAGGUAGUGAUCACCAGCCAGGACACCAAGCCGACCGGCCCUGAAGUGACAACCAACGUUGUUGGAUUACAUGGGAAGUUCCAUGUGCUCAACUCCGUCCCGGCCGAUGUGCUUGCUCUCAGUGAAACCCACCUGACAGCUGCAGCCAAACGCAGCUUGACGUCCAGUUUGCGAUCCAUGCGAUCCAGGACUGUUGCCACUGACUGGCCUGACGACCUUUACCAAACAGGCCGUUUACAAUUUGCCGCUUUUCAAGCCAGAGCCUCUUGGACUUUUGGGGCAGUUUUGUAUGGCUUUCCGGAAGGGAAGACGCAUCACAAUGCUCUCCAGCGCACAGAAGCCAUGCUGGAUUUUGCUGUCAAAAGGCUUAGUAUGCAACCAGGUCCACGGUUCCUUGCUGGAGAUUUCAACUUCCAACCGGAAGACCUUGCGGCAGUUCAGGUGCUCAGAUCAAAAGGCUGGGUAGAAGCACAAGAUUUGCAACAUGAGCGCACUGGUGCCCCCAUUGAACCCACAUGCAAGGGUGCCACUCGGAAAGAUCAUCUUUGGAUGUCGCCAGAAUUGGCUCUAGCGUUCCGUGGCUUGAAGCUUUGCCAUGACACCUUUGCUGAUCAUGCAGUGAUGUUGGCAGUGUUUGCAGGUAAUGCGGCUCAUCUCGAGAGGUUCGUUUGGCCAUGCCCCAAAGCUGUCCCAUGGAAACAAGUGCGUCAUGUGCCUGCCCCUGUCAGUUUUGAGGCACCAGGUGACCCCACUGCCCAGUAUGCCAAACUGUGGCAUUGCAAAGAAGCACAGGCUGCAGAUGACCUUCAGCAUGCAUGGUUGCCCUCCAUGCAGGGGAGGGGACAGCAACUCAAGCCACAGCGCCGAUGCACCAGUCAAGCCCCCCUGAAACAAGGGCGCAUUGGAGAUGUAUGCCCAGCUUUCUUCGGGUUUUCUGCCAUGCAUGCCAAGCAGUUCCGUCAAUUGAGACGAUUGCAGAACUAUUGCCGUUGGGCAACCAACAACCAGUCCGGCAGUGCAACCGACAAUGUGCAUGGCAUUGGGCUUUGGAAUGCAAUAGUGCGUGCGCCUGGCUUUUCACCGUCAUUCCCAGACUGGUGGCGGUCGAGACAGUUUGUUAGCCCACAGGAUCCUUUCAGCAUCCCUCCAUUUUGUCCCGAUGCACACACUGCCAAGCAAAUCUUCGAAGCAGUUUAUGCUGAGGUCAGAGCUCUUGAACAGAGAUUGAACCAAGCAAAAGCCUCCCACCGUGCUGAGAUGCACACGCGGGACAAGAACCUCCUCUUCCGUGAGGUAGCCAGGAACCCCGCUGCCCCUGUGGAGACUUUGUUGCACAAGGUACACGCCGAAGUGGAGUCUGUGGACACCAAUGAAUGUGCCAUCAUCCUGACACAGCCGGCUGAAGUGCGGCCCACUGAUCCAUUGUGGAUUGCCGGAGCCCAGCAUGAAGUCAUUUAUAGUGACCAUGACAAGAUCUGGGUUUCCAGUGUUGAUGAUGUUCAGCCAGGUCACAAGGUAGCCCAAACUCAAUAUCUUGGAGACUUCCAUGAUCAAUGGAGACAGAGGUGGUGCCGCCAUGAUAGCACACCUUUCACGCACUGGGCCACCCUGAUCGACUUUGCCAAACAGGUGAUCAAGCCGUGUCAGAUUCCACAUCUUCAGGUGACCACGCCAAUGCUGUUGGCUGAAUUUCACAGAAAGAAAAAGACUGCAGCUACUGGCCUUGAUGGCGUGAGCCGCCAAGAUUGGAUUCUUGCGGAUGAGAACACCCUUGAGAGCAUGAUCUCCGCAUUUACCAGAGCGGAACAGGAUGGCCAGUGGCCACGCCAACUGCUGGCGGGAAAGGUGCACUCAUUGGCCAAAACCGAGUCGGCGUCCACUGUGGGCGACUACCGCCCUAUUACAGUGUUUGGAUUGGCUUACAGGGCUUGGUCCAGUUUGCACUCCAGGCAUUUGCUUGCAUGGGCGGAGCAGUGGGUUGACGAUAGUGUGUAUGGAAACAGACAGGGACGCCAAGCUGCAGACCUGUGGCAUCAUGUCAUGUUGCAUGUGAAGAAUCGUACAGCACAGGUCAAUGCCUUUCAGGCCCCGAGCAUCCGUACUUUGUCGUAUGUUGACGACUGGCAGACAUACUCUCAGAGCCCUGCAUUUGCCUCUCGCCAACUUGAGUUGGUUGAGCAGUAUGCUUCCUUGUGGGAUUUGACAGUGGACCGCAAGAAAACUUUUGGGUGGUCCACAUGCCCUGAGACCCGCCGGAGAAAGGCUACCGGGGCCCUUGGUUGCCAUAAGCCUGGGGUCAAUGGGAAUUUGCUGCUUGGCCUUGUUGAAGCCUUGGUUGUCGGUUUGUCUGUUCAACGCAAUGGCAUGGUCAGUGAUGAGUUUGGGUGUUUCCAUCUACAUACGAUGAAUUAUGCUGAGGUCGAACAGCGAUUGCUUUGGGCUUGGAACCGAGUUGUGGCUCACCAAGUGUCACACAGGAAAGACUUUGCUGGUCUGUGGCAGGUGGACGUCCAUGCCACCAGAAAAGCCUUGCAUGCUUUGCCUCCUGACGACCAGGCCAUGUACCGCCACAGCCUGUCCGGCGGUUUGUAUACGGAAAGUUACAAAGCAAAGUGGGCGGAUCAGACAGAUGCGUGCAAGUGGUGUGGUCAGCCUGACACCCUUCACCACCGUUACUGGACUUGUCCUCAGCAUCAGGAUCUCCGAGAAACCCAUGCCCCUUUGGCCACCGAAGUCUUGGAUUCCAUUCCCCCAGCUCUUGCCCUCCGUGGGUGGUCGCUGUUCCCACAUACAUGGCAUGCUUGGAUCAGUACCCUGGCAACUUUGCCUACCGAACUGCCUGUCCCGGCCAUUGGACUUCGGCCAGAUUGCUGGAACGACGUGUUCACUGAUGGAUCCUGCUUGUUUCAGUCCACUCCGAUGUACCGUUUGGCUGCCUGGUCUGUUGUCUGUGCCCAGCCCUUCAGUGGUUCUUGGACUCCCGGUGGUUCCACUGUGCUUGGUGCUUCCUUCCUCCCUGGCAUUUGCCAAACUGCAUACCGUGCUGAGUUGUUUGCUCUGGCUUACACCCUUCACUGUGCUGCCCGUGCGCGUGCCCCUGUCAGGUGCCGGCGCACAGAGUUCUCAGCAGUGCUCGCUCCAAAUUUGAGGACGCAAGGUGCUUUGUUGGAUCCUUUGAUAUGGGUUUGUGGAGAGGAGAAGCGUUGCCGGAAGUUUCGCGGCUCGAUGCAUGUGAAACGCGCCAUCAUUUGGCUGCUUGAAAGGUUGGAUCUGAGUCCAGGCAACCCAGGACCCCUUCGAAUCAAUGGCCAAUGGGUGGACACUUCAUCUCGACCAUAUUUGGAUGCAGAACGGUUUCCAGCGCGGCAGCGGACAAAGUGGUUCAGGCAGUUCCUCAAAGCUUUGUUCAAAGAGGUUGAAAACUGGCUGACCACGCAUUUGCGUGAACCAUGUGUCCGGGCAGCUUCAACUUUGAAAAGCUUGCCGCUGGCAGCUCAGACGAGCUCCAUGCUCCAUGAUGCAAUGCUUAUCGCUGAGGAAGAGGGUGCCCGCAAAGGUCGACCUGAGAAACUACAUGACGACAGGUUCACCACUUGGGAUGACCUGGUCGAAGAUCAGUCGCAGACCAACAGCUGCUGCGCCAAUGCGGUCUGCGGUGCCUAUGAGUACAUGGGCAAGCGCGACGCCAUGGAAAAAGGUGGCUCAGUCUUCGUGGAUGACAUCUCCCGGCUCUUCAUUUACUACGUGGGUCGCAAGAGAGAUCAGCAGCUGGAUCGAAGCAAAGCGAAGCUGGCGCCACGCGAUGAGGGCAUGUCUCUGGGAGGCGCCCUAAGCGCACUGGAGAUGAAGGGUGCUUGCCUGGAAAAGAAUUGGCCCUUCAACAUCAGCAAGGUGAAUGAUACGCCCAGCAAUGCAUGCUUCAGGGAGGCCAUCAGGUAUAAGAUCGCUGAAAGUCGCAAAGUUCCCGUGGAUCUCAGCAGCAUGCGUCAGUGUCUGGCUGAAGGACAUCCCAUCGUCUUCGGCUUGAAGCUGACAGCACAGUUCUUUAAGCCAUCGCCAGGUGGCGGCAUAGUGACUCCGGAUGUGGAUGAUCCUCAGUCAGCGGAGCAUGGACUUCAUGCCAUGCUCAUUGUGGGCUACAACGAUCGCCAGGAGGUCUUCAUUGUCCGCAACAGCUGGGGCACUUCCUGGGGAGAUAAAGGCUAUGGCUAUGUGCCUUACGACUACAUUUGCAACGACGACUUUAACUUCCUCGGGCAGUACGCCAUCAUCGGUCUGAGCCAGUAUGAUUUUUCCAGGAAUGUGGAUGAUGGACAAGACUAUCAAAUUGGCGAUGCAGAUGAUGAUCAGCCAGAACUCGAAGAGAUUGAAGAUGACCCGCAGGAUGAUGUGGAAGAUGAGUUCGAUCCUGAGGAUGAGUUCAACCCAGAAAAGGAAGCGCGUCGUGUCUUUGAAACCUACGACAUCAACAACGAUGGCGCCUUGGCGGGGCACGAGCUCUUCAUGUGCUUCAUGGGCAACGGCGUGCCGAUGACCAUGAAGCAGUUCCAGAAGAUCAGCAGAGACCACCGCCUGGACCAGGGGGAGAAGAUGGACUUCGAUCAGUUUUUCGCUGAAAAAGCCAUGACAAAGCCAUGGAAAAUGGGGGAUGCUAGGAUCCGGCAUCCUGGGAUGUUUGGGAUUCUUGGGAUCAUGGAGUCCUAAAAAAAAAAACGAUGUUUUUUUCUCCAGAAGUCUCGGAGUCUCC